AUGGACAACUUUGACGAUGACAUUUUGGAAGUGGAGAGGCUCUUGGGACUCACCACCAGACAGCUUGUCCGCACACGCCUCGUGUUACUCUUGUCAGACCUCCAGAAGGAGAAGCGCAGGCGUGAAGUCGCCCUCGCCCCUUUUCAAACAGCCGUCACGGGCGCACUGCCAUUAUACCGCAAUGCUCAGCGGCCAGGCGAACCACUUGGGCUGGGCCAGGUGGAUCCUGUGAGGCAGUCCUUCCCAGGCCUGACCAGCCAGCCCUCUCUGGGCAAUCCGCUGGUGGAGGGGCUGCAGAACAUGCAGGCCGUGCCAGGGCUUCAACCUAACCCCAUGCAGCUGGAUUAUGGGAUGCCGCAGAUGUGGCCAGGGCCGCCUGGGGGCCAGCAGCAGCGCCAGUACUCCGGCAGAUCCGACGCCUCGGAUGGGGGAGUGUAUAUGCCGCAGGGGCACACGAGUCCGGGGGCGCUGGUCUCCCCGGGGCCGCUGGGGGGUGCGCUGGCGAACCCGUGGCCGUUUGGUUACGGCGCUACGGGCCCGGCGGCAGGGUCGGAGGGGUACUGGGUGCUGACGACGUGCUCGUGGGAGCAGAGUGACACGAUGGUGAAGGUGUACGUUCCCCUGCGCGGCGUGCAGACCGACAUGCUGCGCACCACGUUCACGCCCACCUCCGUCGAGGUGACUGCCCGCUCAGUCACCUGCGCGCAUCUUUGCCGUGGCGAGAGCGUGGUCAAGAGACGCCUGGUGAAGGUGCACGACCUGCAUGGCAAGAACUACAUCUUCACGCUGACACCCACGUUCCAGCCCAUCGCCGAGGACGGCUGCGUGGCGGUGGCCUCCAAGACAAGGAAGAACAUCCUGAUCACCAUGCAGAAGCUUCAGUCCCUGACUCAGGACGAGAGGCACUGGCGGGACCUGUAUGGCGACCGCAGCCAGCUGACCAUGCUCAUGUGA